AUGCCGUACACACCACUAACGGUUAGAAAUGCUCUAGCCAGAAGUGUGAUCUGUAAAAUAGCAUCAAAGGCUUACAGGCCAAUGAUAUACACAUCGGAGAUCAUUCCUGAAAAUACUCUUUCAACAAUUAGGUGCUAUUCAACCAGAUCUACAGUGAUCCAGCUCCUAAACAACAUUGGUUCCAAAAGAGAAGUUGAACAAUACUUGAAAUAUUUCACUUCUGUUUCCCAACAGCAGUUUGCUGUGAUUAAAGUCGGCGGUGCUAUUAUCACCCAACAACUCCCACAGUUAGCAUCAUGCUUGGCGUUCCUUUAUCACUUGGGAUUGUAUCCCAUUGUAGUUCAUGGAACGGGUCCACAAAUCAACCAAAUUUUAGAAGGUCAGGGUGUUGAACCUGAAUAUUCUAAUGGUAUUAGAAUUACAGAUACAAAAACAAUGGCUGUGGUCAGACGGUGCUUUUUGCAACAAAACCUCAGACUUGUGACUGCAUUGGAAAAAAUGGGCGUCAGGGCUAGACCAAUAACGGGGGGUGUUUUUCAGGCUCAAUAUCUGGAUAAAGAGAAGUAUAAACUUGUUGGUCAUAUAACCAGCGUAGAUAAAGAGCCAAUCGAGGCGUCAAUUAACGCUGGAGCUCUGCCAAUUUUGACUUCUAUGGCUGAAACCCCGUCUGGUCAGAUAUUGAAUGUUAAUGCAGAUGUUGCAGCUGGAGAAAUUGCAAGAGUUUUUGAACCAUUGAAGAUUGUGUACUUAAAUGAAAAAGGUGGAAUAAUUGACGGAAACACAAAGGAGAAAAUAUCGGUUAUAAACCUUGAUGAAGAGUAUGAAGAUCUUUUGAAACAGAAGUGGGUGAAAUAUGGAACGAAGUUAAAGCUCAAAGAAAUCAAAGCCCUUCUUACAUAUCUUCCAAGAAGCUCUUCCGUGGCAAUUAUCAAUGUUGAUGAUCUUCAGAAAGAGUUAUUUACUGACUCAGGUGCAGGAACUUUAAUUCGCCGCGGUUACAAGUUGUUUACGAAGCGGACUUUGAAGAACUUCUCUCAGCCUGACUUGCUCCGUUCUGCUUUGGAGAGGGAUCCAGAGAUUAAGUUUGGGAAGAAUUCUGUUGCAAACUAUCUAACCGAGCUUGAAAAAAUGAGCUUCAAGGCAUAUGGCGAUGAACCCUUGGAUGUCAUGGCUAUUGUGUGUGACGAUCACGAGUUUAAUAGUACGAUUCCACGUCUUGACAAGUUUCUCGCUUCAAAGGCUGGCUGGCUAAAUAACGUUACAGACAACGUGUUCAGUGCAAUAAAAAAAGACUAUCCUUCACUUUACUGGAUAGUUGACGAAGACGAUCCAUAUACUGCCUGGCAUUUCAACAAAGCCGACGGUUCAUAUACAAAGGAUGGAAAAAUCUUGUACUGGUAUGGCUGUAAGAACGUUGGCGAUAUCAGCUCUCUUAUUGACUCAUUUUAUAAAAAAUGCUCUACUGCAAGUGAACAGGGGUCUGGUGUAUUUAAUGGACAACAGACUGGUAGCUUUUCAACUUUUUCUCUUGGGCUGGCUGGGAACAAAAUUGCAGCAAAGAAAAAUAAAAUUUCGGCAUGUAUUGGACAUCGAGCAUAUUCCACACAACCGUUGCGUGAGACAAUAAAUCAUAAUGUGGGAAAGAUCGGAUUGAUCGGAGCCAGAGGAUUCACUGGAAGAAAUCUUAUUGGAUUGAUCAAUAAACAUCCAUACUUGGAAGUUGCCCAUGUUUCAUCCAGAAACUUGAAGGGAAAGAAACUUGAAGGAUACGACAAAAGUGAAGUUAUCUACGAGAACCUAUCACCAGUGGACAUAGAGGAGAUCGAAAAAAGUGGGGAGGUUGAUGUCUGGGUGAUGGCUUUGCCAAAUGGUGUGUGCUCUCCGUUUGUCCAGGCAAUUGAUGCUGGAAACUCUGGAAAAUCACACAUCGUUGACCUUUCUGCGGAUGGCCGAUUUGAUACGACAGGAAAAUGGGUGUAUGGAUUACCAGAAUUAAGCAAUAGAGCUGAGAUAGCUCAAGCCACAAGAAUAUCCAACCCCGGUUGCUAUUCUACUGCUUCUCAGAUUGCAAUUAAUCCCGUGUUUAAAUAUAUUGGUGGGCGUCCUUCCAUAUUUGGCAUUUCUGGCUAUUCCGGUGCCGGAACAAAGCCUUCGAAGAAGAAUGAUGUGUCGUUUUUGAAUAACAAUCUUGUCCCAUACGCUUUGACAGACCACACACAUGAAAAAGAAAUAUCUUUUCAUUUAGGGAAGAAGGUUGCUUUUAUGCCACACGUUGGUCAAUGGUUUCAAGGAAUUACCUUGACAAUAAACAUUCCUUUGAAGGAGAAGUUGACAGCAGAAGAUGCUUUCCAACUGUAUUCAGAGAAAUAUGCAAACGAAAAAAUGAUUUCUGUCAUCAAAAAUACACCUUACGUGAAAGAUAUUAGUGGAAAGCAUGGUGUGGUUGUAGGUGGCUUCAGUGUGAAUGAGGAAAAGGAUAGGAUGGCAGUGGUCGCAACAAUUGAUAAUUUGCUUAAGGGUGCUGCAACUCAAUGCCUUCAAAAUAUUAAUUUGAUGAUGAAGUACGAUGAAUAUGCCGGUAUUCCAGAAAGUAAGAUGGUGUGCGCAUAA